UCGCGCACGAGAGCAAUCCGUGUAUUUGUGUCUUAUAGGCCAGGGAUGUGAGCAAGGGGCGACAAUAAUGGGGAAUAACCGGGACCCCGGUGCUCUGGAGUGGACACAACGACUGGACGGUGAUCAUCAAGGAGGUUAACGUGAAGAUCAACCAUCCCGAGAGGGUUUUACACUGAUUUGGCGAGGCUUGAUGGAUUAUAUUGGGCUCAGUGAUCAAUUGAUUGCCGCCGGAGACCAGAUAAAGCGCAUAUAAUCAUACUGGAUACGAUUUAUCCAUUUCCAUGGCGUUAUCACCCACCCAGAGCCAAGCAGGUCACCUGGACCCAGGACUAAAGCGGGCUCACCGGGUCUGAAGCGCUCGAUCUGUCGUGAUUGAGGCGAUGUUCGCGUCUUGCCUCGAUCUGCGCAGCGCGAUUUCAGCACCACCGCAGCUGGACAGCGACCGCAUGGACCGAGCGCUCGAUCCCAGCCGUCAAAACUCGCCAGACUCCGCCGCGGGAAACCAGACCCUCACGCUGCUACACACCGCGCCAGGGGGACUCGGCAUGGCUCUGGAGGAGGAGCUGGCUAUGCUCACCCGCGAGCGGGAGGAGGAUCUGGAGGUAUCCGCCUCAGAGACACCUGUGAGCGGACAGGACUCUGACCUACUGUCGCUCUUCCGGCAAAAGGAGAAGGACUUGGUCCUCGCUGCUAAAUUGGGCAAAGCACUACUUGAAAGAAACCAAGACCUCACAAAGCAAUAUGACAAAAUGACCAAGGAUUUAAACGACAAACUGGAGCUCCUGGAGCAGGAGAAGCACGAGCUGCGGCGGCGUCUGGAGAGCCGUGAGGGCGAGUGGGAAGGUCGGGUGGCAGAACUGGAGACAGAUGUGCAACACCUGCAGGGGGAGCUGGAGAGACAUCAGGUGCAGCUGCGAGAGGCCGACCGCGACAAGAGCCGAGCCAUCAGCGAGCUGUCAGAACAAAACCAUCGACUGCUGGAGCAGCUCAGCCGGGCCGCCGAGGUGGAGAAACAGUUGUCUACUCAGGUUCAUUCAUUACGGGAUGAUUUCAAAGAGAAAAGCAUCUCCACUAACCAGCACAUGACGCGCCUUGAGACCCUACAGGCCGAGAUAAAGAUGUUGUCAGAACGUAAGCAGGAACUGGAGCGACGUGUGAACGCCAUGCUGGAGGAGAACGAGCAGCUGCAGCACACGGUGGACGACCUGAGAGAGCGAACGCUGGUGCUGGAGAAGCAGUGUCACGAGAAGGACCUACAGCUGCGCCAGAGUCAGCUGGAGCUGCAGGAAGUGCGCGUGUCUCACCGGCAGCUGAGCGCUCGUCUGGAGGAGCUGACGGAGGAACGCAGUUUUCAGGGCUUCAGUCCCAACCCGCACAGCCUCCUCUGUGAGAUCGAGCAGAGCAUGGAGCAGGAGGAGCUGGAGCAGGAGAGAGAGCAGCUCCGGCUGCAGCUGUGGGAGGCUUACUGUCAGGUGCGCUCCAUCUGCUCCCAGCUGAGAGGAAAUGACAUCACAGACUCCGCCUUAUCCACAGACUCGUCCAUGGACGAGUCUUCAGAGACGCUGUCGGCUAAAGACGUCCCCACGGGGAGUUUGCACGCUAGUCUUCUGGAGCUGCGCAGACUCACGCGAAACCUGCUGGACGGCAACGAAUCUACGGGUUCACGGCGCAGUGAUGAGGAGGUUCUGGAGGAGCAGGUGCGUAAAUUGAGCGAGGAGCUGCGAGAGCUUAGAGAACUGUACGAACAGGAGCAGGAAAAAACACGCAACAGCCAGGAGGAGGUGCUACAGCUCCAUAAUCAGGUGGCGCUGCUCUCGGUGGAAGUUUCUUCUUCAAGAGAAGAGAACGAGCGGUUAAGAGCGAUGGCAGAAGUACACGAGCCCAACGAACAGUUACAGAGCGCUAUACGAGACAGAGAUGAAGCCAUUGCCAAGAAGAAAGCUGUGGAGAUGGAGCUGGCGAAGUGUAAGAUAGACAUCAUGUCUUUGAACAGUCAGCUGUUGGAUGCGAUACAGCAGAAACUCAACCUGUCUCAGCAGUUAGAAGCCUGGCAGGAUGAUAUGCACAGAGUUAUCGAUCAACAGCUGAUGGAUAAACACCAGGAGGAGUGGAAGGAUCCUCCAUACUCCUUCAACGGGUCACGAGGACGAGCUCCAUCCAGACGAGCACAUCGCCUCUCGGACGGAGACAAGCGCCUCUUUUCUUUCUUCAAGAAGAACUGAGAUUAUCUGAAGACAUGGAGGAAGGGAGUGUGAGAACAGACGUGAGAGAAGGGUACAACAAAUGACAAAGAAAGUCUAAAUAACCAGAUCAGCGGUUCUCAACUGGUUUUGCUCAUCAAAACAAAAUUAUUUUUUGUACAAAAGUAACAAAAAAUCUUUAAAAUCAAACACUGAAAUGCACUAAUUAGUCGCAUCAAUGCACUCACAAAAUUCAGAUCAAAAUUUCAAUUCACAUAAAAUCUCCAUCCAUUUGGACAGUUUUAACAUAUACUAAUAAACCUAAUGUGAUGCAUUUAUCAGUCAAAUAUAAAUGAAACAGAUAAGAUUUCUGUAAUUUUACAAACACAAUAACCAGGUUUAUACAUUUAUCAUUGAUAAAUCAAAUUUGGUAUAAUCUAAUUUAUGUUAACUUACCGAAUAUUGCUUGUUCCACGGCCAUAAGUGAACUAUUUUCAUACUUUUUAAACUAAAUUAGUUGAAUUGUUUUCACAAUGAACAGAGGCAAUUUAAAUAAAGGCAUUUUGAAAAUAUAAUACUAAAUAAAAUCAAAUAGAUGCAAAUGUAUAAUAAUAAACUAUGCUAUGCUGUUUUUGAGGGCAGAAACCUUUUUCGUUUGUUUAUAUUAAAAGUGUGUAAUCCGAAUGGAUUUGUUGAUGAUACAUUUAUGAACCUGCUAUUGUGUAUUUAAAACACAUUCAGUUCACUAGUACUAUUACAGAAAACUGACCCGUUUCAUUUAUGCACGACUGUCAAAUAUGCAUCACAUUACGUUUAUUAUUUCGUUAAAACAAUCCAAUGCAAUCCAAAAAGAUGGAAAUUUUAUGCAAUUUAUGCAAAUACAUAAAUAUUAAAUUUUGAAUACUUAUUUGAAGUAUUUAUAUAUGAUGCAUUAUUAAAGUAGUUUUAUGCAUUAAUUUUGCCUUAUGCACUGUAUGAUGUCAUGAAUAAUUGUAACCAGUUAUGAUACAUUUAGUUAUUGUUACACCGUUAGAAUAUAUAAUGCAUUAAAACACACGACAUGCAAACCUUCAAAUAUUAUAAUGUGUUUUAAUUGUGGUUACAAUUUUUUCAGUUGGGUUCAGUUUCUGAAAAGAUAUAAUGCAUUACAUAUAAUACCUUUAAUAUGAAUUAUACAUAAAGCCUUUAAGCGAAGUGUUACAUAGGUUUUAUGUUGUCUGCACCCAAUAAUUGACUGUAAAAACACUUCUUUUGGGUCACGAGCCACCGGUUGAGAACCACUGCACUGACAAACCGAGUUCUCUGAUGGCUUUGAGCCGUUUUGCACUUUAUCUGUACCCACAAUCCUCCCUCAGAAAGCUUUAGGAGCAGAACACAAAUCUCGUCCGGUAGGGUGAAGCCCUGCGGCAGGGUCUGUUCAACAGGGUUCCCAGAAUUCUCCAGUCCUAUCAGAGGUCCGUUUCCCCUGCGAGUGCCUCGGAAAGCUUCUCCUCACCUCACUGCCAGAGAUUCACGGAGGCACAUCCGCUCACCGACAAAUCACGGCAUUCGCUAGAGACUCAACUCAGGAUGAACUGGACUUCAGACGGUUCAGGACAAAGGUUCAGCAUCACCGUCAAGUUUCAGGCCCAGACGGAAUCUGUGGGCGUCUUUUACAUUUUCUGUGCUGAUUUUGGGAUAAAAUAUGAGAGUACUGCAGUAUUAUUGAAAAUAUAAAGGGUGUAGCAUAACUUGAAUAUCAUAAAUCGGCAUAAAUUUGUCAGUUUCGGACACAGAUUGGGUUUGGGCCUGAUUAUAAAUGAUGUUUGAACGCUGCAACUUUAAAAUCAGAAACAGCUACAGACGCUCUGCUCUUGGGUUCAUUCACAGAGGCAUUUUAUAUAAAAAAAACAAAAACAACAACAACUAACAACCACACGAAUAUUAUAGAAAAUUAACUUUCAGCAGCUGCUUCGAAUCAAAAACUUAUAAAAGCACGCAACAUAUACAAAUAAUAAUGCAACAGGAAAUUAGUAGCGUAAAUGUGUCGUGGCUAUUUUAUCAAACAUGCCUGCUUGUUUUUUAGCACAUUUCUGGAGAAAAUGUCCUCAGGCUGCUUGAUAAUAAACUUCAGGCGGUCCCGUGAACCAAAGAGCAGAAGUGUUGAGCUGUAACUUGUAGACUGCGUCUGAAAAACUGCAUUGAAAAUAAGGUUUACACACGUAAAAACAGUAUAAAUCACAGAGAAACACCAAACUGAAGACACCAUUAGACGAUACUCACCAAUAGAAAAUCUCAGUCCUCAGAGAUGCACUGAAACUGCGGCUGUGUUCAGAAUGAACUACUACUGCGCCGUUUUUAAAAGACAAAUAAUGUGACACUGUAUGCAGAACGUAACGAUAUUUCAAACAGCAGAAUGCUACAUUGCAGUCACCAAAAAUUCCAAUUUAAUUUUUUUUUUUUUUGUGACCCUGGACCACAAAACCAGUCUUAAGUCGCUGGGGUAUAUUUGUAGCAAUUGCCAAAAAUACACUGUAUGGGUCAAAAUUAUCGAUUUUUCUUUUAUGCCAAAAAUCAUUAGGACGUUAAGUAAAGAUCGCGUUCCAUGAAGAUAUUUUGUAAAUUUCCUACUGUAAAUAUAUCAAAACUUAAUUUUUGAUCAGUAAUAUGCAUUGAUAAGAACUUCAUUUGGACAACUUUAAAGGUGAUUUUCUCAAUAUUUAACAGAUUCCACAUUUUCAAAUAGUUGUAUCUCGGCCAAAUAUCGUCCUAUCCUAACAACCAUACAUAAAUGAAAAGCUCAUUUAUUCAGCUUUCAGAUGAUGUAUAAUUAAAAAUGAUUACCCUUAUGACUGGUUUUGUGGUCCAGGGUCACAUUUGUCAAAAAACUGUCACUGCACUUGGAAAAGUCUGUAAAAAUAGGGCACCGUGUAGUGUUAAUAUGACUUAAUAUGAAUCACCAGUACCUUUUCCCACUUUUUUCUUACAGUGUAGAAAUGUAAAAAAAUCAUCGUUGAUGUUACUUCCAGUUCAUUUGUCUCACUGUAAAGGGAAGGUUAAGUCAAGUGCAUUGCACUGCACAUUUUGGCUACUGUAGUAGCUGUAGUACUGCAGGCAUAGUAUGACUACACUCUCAGAAAAAAGGUACAAAAUUGUCACUAGUGGUGCCACAGUAAGAGACAAAAGCUAAAAGAUUCACCUGUGUACCUUUAUUUACCUCUAAACGGUAAAUGUUACCUUAAAUGCACAUAUUAGUACCUUUUGAAAGAGACAGUCCUGUACCUUUAAGUGUACUGAGCGUGUAGUAUGCUGGUAUGUUAUUCUGAACACAGCCCAGGUCAUUUCUAGUGUGUACUUCCUCCAGCCUAUGAGAAUGAAGGGAGCACUUGUGUCCUGAUUGCGAGCUGUAAUCGGGUGUGUUUUCUGUCUCGUGUUCAGUGUGUGUGAGUGUGUGUGUGUGUGCGUGUGUUUUUGGGUUCAGUCAGUGAAAGUCGGGCAGAUUUUGAGCAAAGCUAUGCAGCUGUCUUCUUUCUCGCAGAGUUUUGGUUCGGAGAAACCCAAAGAGUGAUUUUUUUUAUACGUACAAAGACACAAAUAGGUUUGGAAUAAAAAAAAGGAAUCAAUAUAUUUGUAAAUGUAUAACUUUUGAAUGAUAAAUCAACUUUUUUAGAACAAUCUCCAUGUAAGCGCUUGUCUGUCAUGUAGUCUGGUUCGUAAGUGUUUCUGGAGGAUUCGCUGGAAUCGCUGUCUGAUCAGAACUGAAUGUAAACCAUCUGAAAACUCUCAAUCCAGACCCAAUACAUCACACUGCUCCAUUAGUCAUUUUAUAUCCAUCAGAUCAAUGUGAAAUAAGAUGACUCUCCACAGGAGAGGUACUACAGGACAAGAGGGCAAAAGUUUCAUUUUACAGUAACUUCUCUAAAACAGUAAUCCAUUACAUCUUCAACAGUGGAUUACCGUACUAAUCACUCUCUCCAAAAAGUAUUGCAUUACUCAUUACUUUAUAAAUCACAUAUCAACCUCGACCAGUUGAACAAUACAAGGACAGACAUGAAAAUGCUCUUUUAAUUAUUUCAAAUAAAUAACACAAAAUUGCAUCAAUUAUUCUUGAACUGACCUAAUUAUUUAAAGGGAGAAGGUUACAUUAAUAACAGAUUUUUUUAACAUUAAAAGUUAAAAUUGGAUGGAAAAUCCACUAGUUUUAUACAUCAGAAGUAACUGCAAAUAACAUACAGAAAGAAAAAGGGAUUACAGAAAGGAAACCCUUACUUUACUUUUUUCUUGGGAAAAGUAAUUAAAUUACAGUUACUAUUUACUUAGUAAUGCAUUACACUAAAAACUGGUCAUAUGGAUAUUCACUAUAUAUAUGCAAAUUUAAUACAGAAAUUUGAACAAAUUUAUGUAUUAUAUUAAAGUGAUUAAAAUUACACUCUAGCGGUUGGCAAUUGUCAGAACAUUUAACAAAAUUAAUGCAUAAAAAAAAUGUACAUUUGUGCAUGUAAAUAUUCUUGUGCCUUUUCAAAAGAUAAAAUUCCUCUAAAAUGCUUCUUGAAAAGUGGCUAAAAAAUCCUCUGACAUUUAAAAAUCACUGAAGCAAAGUCUCACUUAUAUUUAAUUUACUCCAAUUACAUUUAAUGCUGCUUUUGGAAGUUGCAUUUGAGAGAUCCAAACUGAUGCAAACAUAUAUGACAAGGUGAUUUAAAAAGGAUCAGAUGUUUAUAAUUAUUUUGGCCUGUAGUGCCUCUCCUGUCUGACGGCGGAUGAAUGAAACACGCUGUUAUAUUAGCAGUGGUUUAAAUCUUCCAGACAGCAGCCGCAGCUCGAAUCGCUCCACGUUUAGAGCAUCACUCGUCUCUCUUCUGUUGUUCUGUAUGUAAAAAACAUUUCAAUGUCUUUUCUUUAGAUUCUGUUCUUGCGUUUCACACACUGUUCUGUAAACGUCUCGUUACGUUGACUUUGUACUGCUGUCCUUUUGCCAUUUAAACACUGUUUUUGCAAGUCUCUCCAGUCUGGGUCUUAAAUCUGUGCGAGCCGCUGUUGUGAAUGUGUUUUUCCCCACAGUCAUCUCCUAUUUUUUACAAAAACCAGUCCCUCAAACGAGCAGCACUAGUUCUUUUAUCACUAGCCCUACAUGCAUGUGAGUGGAUGUGCACAUCUUUCUAUGUAUAUUUCAUUCAUAAGACAAAAACAAGUUGUUUGAAUAUGAUCACUGGACGUUCGAUAAAUUAUUUUAAUAGAAAUAUUGAGUAUUAAGCAAUUUUAUCCUGAACCUGUCGGUCUGAUUGUGAUUCAAAAAGCUUAUUUUACAUAGAAUAAAUGGGGGGCAGAUUAAUAAAAGAGGGAGAGCUCAAUAGCUAUCGGAGUAAAUAUUGUAUAAAGCAAAUAUGAAUGGUUCUCACCAGCCUCAUUAGUGCCAAGUUUCCUCCCUUAAAUGCACUUUCUAAAAAUCAACAUAUUAAAAACAUUCAUAUAUCUACUCAAACACUUUAUCUUUGCAGUAAAUCUCAAAAAUGGCUGCUAAAAUAUAACUUCAUAUCAACAUGAACCUCACGACAUUUAUAGUAAAUAUGAUACACUUAAGUCUGAAUUAUUCAUGCUGAUUGAAUAAAACCAGAAAAAGUGUCAAAUGGACUUAAAGCGAAUUAUCACACAUACCUAAUAUGUUACAUUUUGCUAAAAUUUUUCACUUCCAGACAAAGACUGCAGACAAAAGUGUAUGUUUCUGUACAUUUGUAAGUAAUACCGUGGUAAAACUGUAAAUAAGGCAGAUUUUAUACUUUCCAUAAUGUGUUUGCUAUUUAUACUCAUAGUGAGUUUGAUCCGGUGUUUUUAUAAUUAUUAAAUUCUUAUUUUUCCAACAGAUUCCUUUAAAAUACCAAGUUAUAUACAAAUGCAGACAAACGUAUGUCCAUGUUUAAAAAGCUUCCAAUGUCUUGACGUGGAACGCACUGUGAUGUAAAAGAAUUAAAAAAAAAAAUGCACAUGCAAAAUCUUCUCAAUUAUCAGAUAUUCCAGUAAUAAAACUGAAGAAUCGUUGCAGUCCUGCAAUAAACAUUAAGAAGAAAGAGCAAAGCUUGUAAACAAAUGUGCAACGUGAUGAUGCUUAAUAAAGACAAGGACAAACAUGCUUGUGUCAAAUAUUAAUUCUUAAAAUAUUUAUUAAUGAUUUAUUUCAUAAAGGGGAGGUCCACUAUACAUUUCUUUUCUCCAGUGUAUAAUAUAACCACAGCUGAAAAUUUUUUUUCAACCAGCACAGUUUGCACGGACAUGUGCUAGUAUGUCAAACGUGCACGUAUACGCACACGUAUCAUGAACUGAAGUCACACGACUGGGUUGAGAUUGGCUCACAGCACAGCCAGGGCUUGUGGUGUGUUUUGGCUUACUAAAUUAAUCAUGAAAAAUGAAAAGCAUUAAAAUAUUUCUAUUCGUGAAUCUCACAAAACCACUCAAAAACAAUAACAUUUUAGAUGUUUAAAAAAAAUAUAUAUAAAAAAAAUGAAGCUCAUUUUAGGUUCCUUAAUCUUUUUCCAUAUUUUGCAUAUUUCAGUUUUGAAGCAUUUAUAUAUCAUUGUACUAUUUGUUGUAAUUAAUGCAGCUCUAAAUUCAUUGCAUUACAUUACACAUCUGCAAAAAAUGCACAAAACUGUAAUGACUUCAAUACAUAUAUAAAAAAAACACAAAUUCAGGUAUUUACUUAUCUGCAAAAAUUGUACAUUUUAGAUUAACAUUUUAAUGCAAAACAAGAACGUAAAUAUGCCUUUUUUUGUUGUAAUGACUUAAAUGCAGAUCUAAAUUCAUUGCAUAAACCAAUUUUAUGCAUAUUGCAUAAAAAAACAAUUGUGGUCUUUUUAAUUUUCUGCAAAAAAGCUACAUUUUUACAUUAACAUUUUAAUGCAGAAUAAAAAAAUAAUAAUGUGCCUAAAAUGUGCUUCACUUUCAUUGGGGAAAAUUUUUGUUGUAAUGACAAAUGCAAUGCAUUUAAUGCAAAUGCAAAUGCAUUUCAUAAAAAAAUCUUUAAUUCUUUGCAAAAAAUGCUACAUUUUUACAUUAUCAUUACUUUUUACAUUUACAUUUUAAUGCAAAAGAAAACAUUAAUGUGCCUAAAAAUCAGCUUCAUUUUCUUUAUGAAAAAUUACUUUUUCUUUUAAGGUGAAUUGGGACAUAGUCCUGUUUUGGUGAGAUUCACCGUCAUAGAGACGCCAAUGAAAGAUCACACAGAGGGAUGGCAGAGGCUGUGUAUCUGUCAAAUGUGGAUCUGCCAUAAAGACUAUUCAGUCAAAGUGUCAAUAGCGUAUUCAAGAAAUUUAGGGAUGAACCAACGAGUCAGGUUGACCCUGGUGGCUUAAAACACUUUAACAUCUCCCUUCCACAUAUAAAAACAUAUUACAUUUCAAGCGAUAGACACUUUGCAUAAACACUGUAAUCGUUAUGUUUUUAAACCUUGUAUCAGCAUCUUCCGGGUCCAGAUGAUUGUACUUCAUACAACCUCGUAUGGCACAACGUCGCUCUUCCGUGAGGUGCAGAAGAUAAAAUCUUGUUUUAACACCGGCUUCAAUCGAAUGCAUCCACAAACCCAAAGAUGCGACUCCAGCGUCCGGAGAAAUACUACAAUGCCUGAUACAGAAGUGUGUGGCAACACUGUUCUGAGGUUAUGGCAGCAUCAUCCACCCUCAUCCUCUUCAUCUUCACGGGAAAAACAAAAGCAGAAAAACACGAGCCUGAAGCGGCAGAAGAUGUCAUUGAAUGUAAAAGGAGCUCGGCUUUCCACAUCAUGAAGACCCGAAGCCUGAACUAAUGCGGUGAAUCUCAUAAAAACAUGUAAAUCUAAAAGGCAAAAAGAAAUUAUAAUUUGCAUGAAAAAAUGAAGCCUAUAUUAGGACCAUUGUGGUUUUUUUAAAUUGACUUAAUUUUCAUGAUAAUGAUUCAUGCUAAUGCGCUUUUCGAUGCACAUUACUGUAAAGCAUCCAGAUGUUUAAAUUCUCAUUAUAUUCUUAAUAGUCAUUUUUUAUGUACUACAGCAAAAAAAUGACUGUUACAAUGAUUUCUUUAACUAAGCUAUUAAAUGCAGCACAACAAAUACUAUGAUAAUAUAUGAUUACCUUACAAUAUAUAAACAUCAAAUUUCAUCAAGAAUUUGGCAUGAAAUGUGCUUGAUCCUAAACAAAGUCUUCAUUUUCUUUAUGCAAAAUAUAAAUAAUUUUUAAAUGUGACCUGGAGAUGUUUUUUGUGAGAUUCACUCAAUGAAAGGAAGGAACGGGUUUGAGGAAUAACAAAAGAUCCUAUCAGAGAAUGAAAACACAUGAUGGAUCAUUAUAAUAAUUAAUAACGUCUAAAAUGAACUAAAAAAAAAAAACAAUUGUUGGCAUCUGUCUCCGAUUGAGUCCAUGGUGAGUAAAUGUCUGUAUUUGUAUGAUUUCAUAAAAAAA